ACCCUUUCGUAAUUCAAAAAAUUGAUAAUAAUUCGUAGUUCGAGAUUGAUCGAGUUGGAAACUAGAAAACAUUUUUAACACUAAUUAGUAAAAAAAAAAAAAAAAAUGGGGAAGAGGACGGCAUUGUUUAUGGUGAUGGUGGUGGGGAUGUUAAGUGUGAGUUGGUGUUGGGGAGAGGAAAAAGCGAAUGUGGCGAAGGAAGAGAUGAGUAACAUAGCCCAGCAGGCUAAGCAAAGUGCUUCUGAAGCCAUGGAUGAUGCUAAAGACAAAACCGCUUCUUGGGCUGAUUGGGUCGCUGGCAAAUUCUCACAGUACCAAGACGAUGCAAAAGAUGAAGCCCAAAGAUUAUCAGAUAGAGCUAAGGAUGCCGCAUCAAAUGCAAGAGAUUCCAUUAAUUCUGCUUCACAUGGAACCCAAAGGUAUGGCUCUCAAAAGGCGAAGGAGAUGGCUGACGUAGCAUCUGACAAAUUCGGUGAUGCUAAAAAUUUUGCAUCCGAGAAAGCCAAUCAAGCAAUGGACACAGCCGCAGAUACCACUAGUCAUGCCAAUGAAAGAGGAAAAGAUAAUGCGUAUGACGCUUAUGCCUAUGCAUCGGAGAAAACUGGCAAAGCCGCAAACACUGCUACCGAUUUUGCCAAACAAAAGGCUGAUGAUGCUUAUGCAUAUGCAUCUGAUAAGGCAGGUCAUGCCACAGACACUGCUUCGGACAUGGCGGCAAACGCCAAAGAAAGUGCCAAACAUAAAGCUUAUGAUGCCAAACAUUUUGCCAAAGAGAAAGCACAUGAUGCUUAUGCUUCCGCUUCUGAUAAGGCAGGUCAAGCCACUAAUGCUGCUUCGGAUAUGGCGGCCGAUGCAAAAGAAAGAGCCAAACAUAAGGCUUAUGAUGCUUCUGAUUUUACCAAAGAGAAGGCGCAUGAUGCUUAUGCCUCCGCAUCUGAUAAGGCGAGUCAAGCUACUAACAUUGCUUCGGACAUGGCAGGUGAUGCCACAGAAAAAGCUAAACACAAGGCUUAUGAUGCAAAUAAUUUUGCCAAAGAGAAAGCUCAUGAUGCUUAUGCCUCCGCAUCUGAAAAGGCAGGUCGAGCCACUAACAUUGCUUCAGACAUGGCCGCCGAUGCCAAAGAAAGCGCCAAACAUAAAGCUUAUGGUGCCAGAGAUUUUGCUUUUGAGAAGGCACAUGAUUCGGUGAAUGCUGCUUCCGAGAUGGGCAGCGCAGCUAAAGAGAAGGUUAAGGAUAAAGCUAACGAUGCCUAUGCUUAUGCCACAGAUAAAGCAGGUGAUGCCAAGGAAAUAGGGAAAAACAAAGCGUAUGAUGCUUACGGAUAUGCAUCUGACAAGAUGAACCAAGCGAAGGACGAGGCUUCUAAUAUUGCUGGCGAUUCAAAAGAUACCAUGAAGGACAAAGCAUCAGAUGCCUAUGGUUAUGCUACUGAUAAAGUAAGCGAUGCCAAAGAAAUCGGGAAAGACAAAGUGUAUGACGCUUAUGGAUUUGUAUCUGACAAGUUGAACCGAGCAAGGGAUGCGGCUUCAAACCUUGCUGGUAAUUCAAAAGACACUAUGAAAGAUAAAGCCUCGGAUGCCUAUGACUUUGCCUCUGGUAAAGCAGAUCAAACCAUAAGAAUGGCUACCGAUAGAGCCCAUGAUGCGAGAGAGAAAGCUUAUGAUGACUACGAGGGGGCCAAAUCAAAGGCGCAUGAAACCUACAACACUGCCAAGAACACGAUGAAUGAACAAGCAAAGGAUAAAUAUGAAGCAGCCAAAGAGAAGGCUUCGGCAGCUGCAGGUAACGUUGGAGCAAAAAUGAGAAGUGCGAGUGGCAAAGAAUUAUGAGCAAUUAGUAGUAUAACAGCCCCUGAAUGGAAAUCUUGCUUGGAAAGAGGUUCCUCAUUGAAAUGAUUUUCCAUCCGGUGAGUGGCUUAGAUUUUUACUAUUAUAUUGUUUUUUCCUGUUGUUACGUAUUCUUUUUGUAGGGCGGAUGAAGUUCUUGAUGAACUCAAUUCUGUAAGGUCUUAGCUUAAUUAAUAAAGAGAAUGACGACGCUUAUUAUGCA